AUGGUAAGCAAUGAAGCUUUUGCCAGUGGAUACAAGGUGAAUAACACGACCAACGUGAGCAACGCAAGCAAUGUGGGUGCCGGUGUUGCGGGCAGCGUGAGCAGCGUCAACAGUGCCGGUGGGUUGGGUUCGCGGAGUGGGGGCUACCGACACAACACAAAUGAGAGCAGCGCCAGUAGAGGUACUGCCGGGAGGAACGCCGCCACGAGGGGUAACCCCAAUGAAGGUAAACCCAGUCAAGGUGAUCCCACUCCAGGUAACACCAAAGAGGACGGUCCCAACAUGGGAAGCGCCAACCUUAGUACUCCUACCCAAGGUGGACCACCACUGAACGGCGAAAUAGCAGCUCCCCCGAACAGCGUGGAGCAGGGAAUUGAACAAGGUAGUGGUGCCGCUGGAGGGGGAUCGGCCUCCCCCCAACAUGAGGGAACAUCGUCCAGCCAGAGCGCCGUUCCUCCUACUUCAAACGCGCAAAACGUGAAAAACAGCAAUACCACCAAUGCUAUCAGCAGCACAACUGGCGCUGUCGGUUCCACUGCUCAACAGAGCGAAAACGUUCCUAACGAAACCAACAACGGGAAUGGCAACGCGAAUGGCAACGCAAACACAGGCACCAGUAGUAGUCACGCUAAUAAUCCAACGAACCCACGGAAUACACCUCCAGCGGAUGACGAGGAAAAAAGGAAGAUCUAUCAACUCGUCUUCGACUUAUGCUACUCAGAUAAAAGGGAGAGUGCAUUACUAGAAUUGUCUAGAAAGCGGGAGACCUACCAAGAUAUUGCACCGGUUCUGUGGAAUUCAUUCGGCACAAUAACAACGUUACUUCAAGAAAUCGUUUCAAUAUACCCUCAGUUAUCACCUCCUUUACUGACCACCUCAUCUUCCAACCGCGUUUGUAACUCCUUGGCACUUCUCCAGUGUGUCGCAUCCCACCCCGAGACCAAGCAGCAUUUCCUUAAUGCACAUAUUCCUUUAUUCCUUUAUCCGUUUCUAAACGCAGAGUCUAAAAAUAGACCGUUUGAAUAUCUACGUCUAACUUCUCUAGGUGUGAUAGGUGCAUUAGUUAAGGUCGACAACCCCGACGUAAUUAAUUUUCUAUUGCAGACGGAGAUUAUCCCACUUUGCUUACGUAUUAUGGAGACGGGAAGUGAACUGUCCAAAACGGUGGCUACCUUUAUCGUCCAGAAAAUACUAAUUGAUGAAUUAGGACUGAACUAUAUAUGUGCUACUCCGGUGAGAUUCUAUGCCGUGUCGACUGUCCUUGCGAACAUGGUUAAUGCACUUAUAGAAAAUCCCUCCUCCAGACUGUUGAAGCACAUUGUAAGGUGUUACUUAAGGCUGUCUGAAAAUCCGAAAGCCUUGAAGGCACUUAGGGAGUGCCUCCCCGAUUCACUGAGGCAUGUCCACAAGGCUUUUAUUCCAUGCCUCAAGGAGGACCCCUACACGAAGAAGUGGCUCCUGCAGCUGCUUUACAAUAUUAACAACGAGGACGGCCCGCACGGUCACGUCGGUAGUAACGUUGGUAGUAACGCUGGUAGUCAUGUAGGUAGUCACGCUGGAGGUUAUGCCGCCCCUACCCACUCAGGAGGACAUAGCGGCGUCAGCGGGGGACACCCUACGGGGAGACAGGGUCUGCACGCUGCCGGUAGUUCCAAGAGCACCUAUGCGGGGGUCACCAUUCCGGCAAACAUGAGUGAGGAUUCCUCUGCGGGGCAGGUCAGCGGCGGACACGGCAGUGGUAGUCAUGUUGGUGGGGCGAAUCCCAAUGUAGGCCUCAUCCCCUCCUCCAGCAGCAACUCCGUUAAAGACAAGGUAAACGUGGGUAGUGCAAGCAACCCGAAUGUUAGCAGUAAGUCUGACACGGUGAAGGCGAUGGAAAACGCAAACGCUGCACCGAGUAGUGUUCCCCCGAGCAGCAAUGCCACGAAUAACGCGAAUGGUGCAGACAGCGCAACGAACAACACCAACAACAGUGACGGGACAAACGGCCCUGGUACACAGGAGGGAAAAAACGAUGAAAGUGCGAACAGCGCAGAAAAGACGGGAAGCAAUGGAAACAGUACCAACAACAACGAAAACAACGCAGCCAAUUGA